GUCGACGAUCUAUCGGUGUUCAGAAGGACCAUGCGACUCGCGGAGUGUGGCCGUUCUUUUUAUUUAUAGUCAUCAUCGUAAACAUCUUUCAGUGUCCAUGGCUGUGCUUUGUUGUUAGUUUUAAACAUUUUGAAAUCGCGCGCUCUUACAGUUCUACAGACUGCCGAUUAUUGUGAUUUUAGUGGUAAAUUGUGUUGCUCGGGAGACUCUUGCAACUUAUAGGAUAACUAUUUUGGAUUAUUUUCGCGCCAGCGGCUCCGACCAAAUAAGAUUUCAAGGAACUCCAUAACCCAAGUUGACUAUUACCCAUUAUUUCCCGUCAGAUUACCGUUCCAUCACAGUAAUCCCACGGAUCAACAUAUCCGAUAAUAAACAUAUCACAGCCGCGUGUACCCUUAUCACAAUGUCGAAUGUGCAGGACGCAUCGGUAUCAAGACUGCAGGACGUCGAGAAGUCAACGGGUAGUGAUUCUGCGUCAGUUAUCACGGCGGGACGCGGUGAUAUCGCGUCCUCACCGCUCGCCGACACUGUGAUAAGGAGAAUCCGAAUCCCUAAUAACUGUGAUAUGCGCGCCCCGCCGCGUACGCCAAUUAAUGACGUUAAUAAAAACGGCGGUGGAGGUGGUCCACAACACGCGUCGUCUGUGAUAACCGGGCAACACUGUGAUAACGAGAACGUAGACAGUGCACUGAUAGCGGAUAAGUAUCAGCUGUUUGAACAAGUCGUCGGUAGCUCUUUGUAUCGUUGUGUCGAUGUUAAAAGCAAGCAGGAGCUAGUUUGUAAGAUCGUAAGCCGAGACAACUACUCCCUAUUGUCUGCUCAUUAUCGGCUCGACUCGCAGCCCCUGGUUCAAUCGCUGCACGAGGUGGUCGUGGGUCAAAGGUAUUUGUACCUUGUUUUUCCCAAUGCCCAUGGUGACUUGCACUCGUACGUGAGGCAACGGAAGAGACUGCGCGAGUCCGAGGCAAAGAAGCUCUUCAGACAAAUCUGCGAAACCGUUCAACUCUGCCACCAAAAUGGGAUCGUCCUUAGAGAUCUGAAGCUUAGAAAGUUUGUUUUUGCCAACCAAGAACAAACUCAGCUAAAAUUAGAAUCUUUCGAGGACGCCGUGGUGUUAGAGGAACCGGAAUCCGACUGGCUUCAUGACAAACGGGGAUGCCCGGCAUACGUUAGUCCGGAAAUCCUUAAAACCGGACAUUAUUCCGGAAAGGGCGCUGAUAUGUGGUCGUUGGGUGUUAUUUUGUAUACCAUGCUAGUUGGAAGAUACCCUUUCAACGACGCAGGCCACGCACACCUUUUUGCUCGAAUUUCGAGUGGUUCCUAUACGAUUCCCGAAUGCGUGUCGCCCAGGGCCCGUUGUCUGAUCCGAUCCUUACUCAGAAGAGAACCUUCUGAGCGGAUCAGCUCGGAAGACAUCCUGUAUCACCCGUGGUUAGCGAAAGAAGACAAAGAAUGGGUGUCGAGGCCCUGUGAUCAAAUGGUACCGGUCUCCAGUUUGUUCGAUGACUAGAUAAACUAUUUAUUUAUAUUGUGAAAAUGGUAUCAAAUUAAGUCAUUUUUUAAAGAAUGCAUUAGCUUUGGUUUAAAAUUUUAUCAACAAAGAGGCUAUGGACAUUUAAGAAUUUUCUUGUCACUGACCAAUGUUAAUGCAUUUCAAGAAAAUGUACCGACAUUCCUUUUUACGUUGGACAAUACUGUGUCGAAAACUCUAAAAACGUUGAUCGUUAAUUAAAUAUAAAAACAAAUCAUUUUUAAGCAAUUGAUAGAGCUUUAUAGAAUUUAUAUUUCCAAUAAAAAUACACGUGCAAUUUUUGACAGAGGAUUGACAACUUUGAUUGGAAUAAUGUGCAAAGUUUCGUGCUGUGCUGUAGAUUGUAAGAGUUAAAUUAAGAUGCAAAUACUAGGCCAUAUUAAGUUUGAUAUGCGUGAUGUAUAUAUUUUAUAAAUAUGUAGCGGUAACUUUGUUAAAACUUCAGUUUUUACGACCUUUGUACCCCGAGCGUACCUAAAUUUUUUUUAACCUGUCAAGUAGUUAGUUCCUGCCUUGUUUAUUUAUAAAUCGAUAUGUAUUGUACAUAAAAGUUGAUUAUUACGAUAUAGCACUAUGAUGCCUUCUGAUCUUUUUAUAAUGUAAUGUAUUUGUAUUGAAAUUAUUUUUUAGGUAAUAUUGACUUAAUGAAAAUCAUGGGAAGCAUCACAGUGUAAAAGACUGAUGUAAAUUUUUUCUUUAUUUAUUAUACUUCUUUUUUCUCUUUUAAAUGUUAAUGCUUGAUUGUACAUAAGAUAUAUUAAUUGAAUUUUCCUUAGGCUUAGGUUGUUCUUUAUUAAUUUCUUUUUGUCGCAACUUUUUUGAGAUUUUAGCUUUUAAGAGUUACAGAUUUAACUAAUUCUGUAUUCAUCAGUUUGUAUGCAAUGUAUUUUAUCAAAUUUAAUAUAACUAUAAAAAAAAGUCAAGUUCAAAUUAAAAACCACUUGCAAAACAAGUGGUUUGUACUAAAACGUAAUAUAUCAGGCAAUUUAGACAGACCUUUAUAUAAGUACGUACAGGCUAACAAAAAAUAUUUCAAUUUUUUCCCUUCCUAUUGACUAUUAUUUAGUAAUACAUGGAAGAAUGGGGAACUAUCUUGUCAUAAUAUAAUUGUAAAUAUAGCUUACAGGGAAUUUUUUUGUUAGAAUCAUUGGUACAUUGCUCCAAAAUCUUCUUUGCAAUAAACUUUAUUUAAAUAAAAA